GGAUUCAAUGUUGACUUUGGACAUGGUGCAAGGGGGAUUGAGGUACUGCGGGAAACAGAAUAUACACUAUUACGGCACUACCUUUAUCAGGAACUCAAUGAUAAUGUCCAACUCAUUGCACAGUUUGAUUGGACAUUACGGGGUAUACAAAAUGAUACGAUUUCUCAGUGGUUCCGCGAGUACCUUACAAAUGUGCAGACACGUCAAUUGCGUAAGGACAUAGUAAGAUUCUGCACUGGUAGCUACCGAGUGCCUGUUGAGCGCAGGAUUAGUAUUAAACUCGUUGCAGCUGAUGCAAAUCUUAGUUUGGAAUAUCGUCGAUUACCAAGAGCAUCAUUAUGCUUAGGAGAAAUUUGGCUUUGCCAUGAAUAUGAUGCAAGCGAAAAGGAGCAAUUUUUUGAUGAUCUAAAUUGUGCAUUUAGUGAAUGCAGCAACGGGUUUUAUGAGCGAGCUGUUGAACUCGCUGAAUAA